AUGGAGACUGCUGAAUUGGGCAGACAAGUCCUCGGAGGUGGCCGGAAUCGCGGCACUCCUUCUGCCGGUUCCAAAUUCCCUCCAACCAACUGGAAGUGGAGAAUCAAAUCUUCAAGCAGCACUAAACUGUCAUCAAACCGCCAACACAGCUCCAACACGAGCCCGAACCGAGCUGUCCCGACUGAGGCCGGAGCCUCUCUCGUUCGAGUCCUGGCUCGACAGUCGAAGAGGCCCGGCUGCCAAAGCAACAAGAAGCGGGCCGAGUUCCGACGCCUCUGCCGACGAUCCCAGCUCUUCACUUGGCGGCGUCUCAUCGCCACCAGCGGACCUGAGCUCGAGCCCCUUCGCCAGACGACGAGGCGGAGUCGGCCAUGCCUACGGAUGGCCACAAGUUCCGAUAGGCCUUUCUGUUUCUGCCCGACGAAAAGAUGUGCCCAUCAACCAAGCUCGGCCGUCUGGCCGCAAUCUGUCCCUCCUUUCGUGCAUUUCAACCCCACACAACCAACCCUACCACGGCCCCAUUUAGUACAGAAGAAGUGCACGCAGUUGGGAAUCUGUGAGGCAGCUUUAUUGCAGCCACAGGUGCAGCAACAAUCAGCAGACGUUCAGCCACUUUUGCCUCAUUUGGCCACGCGACAGACACGACUUCCAAUUGCUGCUGUGCCCAUCUCAAGUGACCACUUUCAGUUUUGUCUGUGCGACUUUUGUCCGGUUGGGCGACGAUGCGUGUUGCACGUUUGCGGAAGUUCUAUUGCUGCGAGGGCAGAUACGGUGGCUGAAAAGAAGAAGAUACUUUUGCUUUAUGCUGCCUCGGGCAAUCUUUUUUCAAAUGCAUGUUUGCCAGAUGUCGUGUCUGCUUCCAAAUCGGUACCUCCAGCCUCAGAAGAGACACCUGACGACCGGUUGCGUUUGCAUUAUGCUCCGGCAAACCCGCCCCUCGUGAGUAGACAUGCACAAGCAGACAAUGACAUACAAGUCUACCAUUUGUGGAAGUAUUCCGGAACGGACGGAGGCGGUCUAGCUCGACUGGUCAGCUGCAAGUUGGUCCAGAAGGUGCAAGAGCAUGUUUGUUUAUUUGCCAAGUUUUGGCUCUACGCAAAAGAGGGAAAAUUGCUGUUGAUAUGCAACGCUACAGUGCGUUAG